AUGGAUUCCUCGCCGCUCAUCAAGGCGCACGACCACGCGCAGGCCGCGGCGGUCGCCACCCGCCAGCAGUCCGCCGACACGACCGUCGCCAUCAACGAGCACACGCUGGCCGCGGGGGAGUUUUCCAACGCCGCCCAGCGGACAUCCAGCAUCGAGGCCCUCCGCACGCUCAAGCUCCUCGAGGCGCACCACCAGCGACUCGCCGAGCUCCUGAGGCUGCCGCCCGACACCCACCCGCACGAGGGCGACGAAAAGGCGCUGGGCGAGAAGGAUGGUGCUGGCGGUGUCGCUGCCGCUGCGGCGGACGGCCUCACCUCCUCCGCGGGGACGUCGCCGCGGUCCGCCGCGUCAACGCACAUGCCGGGGCUCGCGCAGCAGCGGCGCCACGUCGCGCGGGAGAUGUCGUCGUCGAUCGCGAGCAACCUGGCGUCGGCGAGGGGCAUCCGUGGCAAGUAUCGCGGGCAGCCGCUGAGCCCCAGCGUCUCCAACGACCAGGCGCCGGGAAACGUCGACCCGCACCCGCGACGGGACGGCUCGCGGACCAAGAUGCAGACGCUGAUGGACCACCAGCCCGGGAAGCCGACCUGGGUGCCGCCGACCAUGCAGGCUGCCAAGUCGGAUGCUCGCCACAGGUCUGCCUCGGCGCCGCAGCCGGAGCAGCAGCAAGACCCGGAAUUGAAUGCCGACGAUGCUGGAUACACGAGGUUCUACAAUACCUUUGGCAGCAUUAUUAAUAAGAUAUCGGCGCCCCUGGCGUUUGCUGGCCUGCCGCUCAUCCAGGAGGAGUCAGUCACGUCGGAGCAAGAGGUGCCGGAGCCAACACCAUCUAAGAGAAGACCAAAGACGGUUCCGUCCCCAAGUGCCGAGCCGGAUCUGUCCAAGAUUUACUCCAAGGCUACGAUGCGUGUUCUGGCGCGCGAAGGCCACGCGCCCCACGAGUCCUUCUACGUUGUGCCGACGACCGGCCAUACCAUGUCCUACGCCAACAUUUUGAGCUACGCCGAAAAGGAGAAGCGCCGGCUAGGCAGCUCCGUCCAUAGUAACGCAGAGCCCGCCAUCGCAGAAGAAGAAGAGGACGACUUUGUAGACGCGCGCGAGCUCCCCGCGGUCCUAUCGCCAGGCGCGAAGCGACGAGUCGGGAAGUCAUCCUCAUCAUCACACACCGAACGGCAGCUCAACAACACCAUCGAGGAGUUGUACACGGAAAACCAGUCCCUUAAAGACAUGCUAGACAAGCUGUCGAAGCGACUGCACACGUUCGAGGCCAGCGCGCAGAGCUCGGCCAUGGCGCUGGCGGAGAGCUACCGCCUGAUGCGGCCGUCAUCGCCAAACGCCACGGCGAAGCCGGACGACGGCGCGGCGGCGGCGAUGGUGCGCAAGAGCCAGGAGAUGGAAGAGCAGCUGGCGGCCGCGACGAAGCAGAUGGAGCGGCUGGAAAAGGAUAAUCGGAAGAUGCAAAAGACGCUGGAAAAAUAUAGGGAGAAAUGGGAGCUGUUGAAAGCUGGGGCCAAGGCGCGGAGGGAUGGCCAGAAGACAGAUGUCACGGAAGAUGAUAGUCAGGGCUGA